AUGGAUGUAUACCACCUGACAAAUGUGCCUAGAGCAGAACUUGUGUGCAAAGUUCAAGGUCAGGGAGUUUUGAAAACGUUGCCGAUCAGCGAUGGGCUAGACGAGGGAGAGACAGUACCUAUUUGUCUAGAGCCAGAAGAAAACGUGUUAUUGCUAAUGAACCAGACAUUAUGGAAAGCAAAAGGGAUACGUGGGAAUGGCAAAUGGGGAUAUUAUGGAUUUCCACGGUGUUACAACUACCGGCUAGGACAAGAUCAAUGCGCCAACGACACAAUACAAUAUAAUAAUGAACUGUCCUGGCUGUUUAAUGCUAGUUCAGCACUCUUUCCCUCGAUCUACCUGGAUAAAGACUUGUUCCCGACUAUUGAGGACAGGGCCCUAAGGGUACAAGGGAUCAUCAAGGAGUCAUUGAGAGUGAGGGAGUCGCUACUAUGCCGUAAUUGCAAACCGAUCAGGAUGAAGUCAAUUUAUGCCUACACCAGAUAUCGGUACAGACAGGAAGACUUUUACAUUACCCCUGACCUGGAGAAUACUAUUGGCCAGUCCUUUGAUGCUGGGUUGGAUGGUGUGGUAGUGUGGGAUAGCUCCUCAAACCUCAAGAACAAGUCUGAUUGUCUUUCUCUGAAGGACUACUUAGAACAGACACUUGGGCCCUAUAUCAAUACCAUUACCAGCUUUGCAAGCCAGUGUCAUACAAAGUGGUGUAAUCGUCAUGGACACUGUGUUCGAACAACUUGGCCUACAAAACAGAACAGAACUACAGACUUUCAAGUAGGUUCGGACUUACAGACCAGACGUGAAUUCUCAAUGUAUCGGUGUGUCUGUUCCCAGCCAUGGACUGGACAACAUUGCGAUCAGCAAACAUGA